AUGACUGUGGAGACAGAGACCGUACAAUCCAUUCCACAAUCACAGCUUGCUCCUGCAAACGAUCGUUCAAAUCAGCGCAACGAGAACAGCGGCACAGUCAAGCUCAAACCCAGCAACGAGACAAUCAGACCCAAAAAGGAGCGCAAGAAGGCCGCGCCGAAGACGAGAAGCGUCAAUCAAGGUACAGCCACGUCCAAAGCCGAUCUCUUCGAGGCGAGAGUGGCGAACGCCGUAGACGAAGCGAACACUUCUGACUCCGACGAGACAUUUGUUUACGAAUCGAAUCCUCCGGAGCAGCCGCGACGUCAACGACAUCAUUCGAGGACACCAAGCGUCACCUCGUCGCACAGCAUGGCUGACCAGCAACGGGGACUGAUCAGAGGUUAUAAUGAUCCUUUCGAUGGCCCAAGGGUCGGUGGAAAGCGAAGCAUGAAAUUCUCCACUAAUCCGACGAAUCCCUAUGGUCUCGAUAGCCCCGACAGCAAUAACGGCACAGUGCGUAUGCACACUCCGAAGCAUAUUGGCAGGUUUGGCAGGAGCGGAAAUCAAUCAUCGUCUCACGACCAAGAUUCGCCUUUCACGCAAGCGUCAAAGCUCCGCAACAACCACCUUGUCCAAGACCGCUCAAGACCUACAUCGCCAAGAAGUCCCCAAAAUAUGCAGUUCCGCCCGAGUAGCUUCUUCUCCAGCAACAAGAAGCAAGAACAGCCUUACGACUUUGACGCUGGGCAGACUGCGGACGAUGAGCGCACUCCGUUGAUGGGCCACGGGACAGUACGAACGCCCAGACGAUCUCACUAUCAUCCUCAUCGAUUCAGCAAUAGCAUGACUCACUCGAUGGAGAAUUACUACACCGAAGAGGAAGAGCCACGAGGCUGCUUCGGCGUCAGAAAGUGGGGGGGAUGUCUUCUGACCACACUGGUGCUAAUCCUCGUGGUCAUCUCUGCCCUUGGCUUUGUGUUUGCAUCUAACAGACCCCUAAUGGAUGUUAAGGUACACAAAAUCCAUAAUGUGCUGGCGAGCGAGACGGAGUUAAUGCUCGACCUCCUGGUCGGAGCUGUCAACCCGAAUACACUUGGAAUCUCUGUCAGCGAUCUGGACGUUAGCAUAUUCGCCCGCAGCAAGCACGUCACGAAGCCCAACAGAACUGAACCCGAGCAUCCUGUCAACAGACGACAGAUGCGCCGUGGACGACGCGCAACUGUUUCUGACGACAUUCCAACCAGCCCCAUUCAGGACCCAGAUGGCCACUGGCACGCUCCUGGCGACAAGGAUCCCAAGGACGACCCUAACAUUGAUGCUCGGACACUGAAGCUUGGCGAGGUGUUCCACUUCGAUCAAGCGCUAGUAUUCGAAGCUUCUCCCCUCAAGCAGCAUGAACAUAUCUCCUCGGGACAGUUGCGCUUAACGAAGCCGGGAAACAGGACAGAGUCGCGCGGCAGCGCCCACUGGGAGGAGAUCAUUUUGUAUCCCUUCGAGCUCAUCGUCCGAGGUACGAUCAAGUAUCAGCUGCCCAUCUCCUCCCGCCUGCAGAGCGUCGCCAUCGAAGCCAAGACCAUUGUACACCCCGAGGAGGACCUCGAUAAGCACGGCAACAUGAAGACUGUCCCGGUCAACCACUCGGAAGAUUGGCAAUGGAUCGAAAAGCCUGGAAUCAACUACGAUGAUGCUGAGGAUGAGUCUGAGACUGGCGCAGGGGCGGUUGAAGAGAUGGGAUAG